CACAGGUAUGUAGCAGGAUAGUGCUGUAAAAAGAUAGGCAUGAGAAAGCCAGCAGAAGUCUACAGCAGUACAAAGUCGGAGCUGUUCAGGAGGUUAUAUCUGUGAACCCCUGGCAUAAUAUUUGAAUUAUAAAUGUAAAAGAAUGGCAAGUCCUCUACUUCCCUAUCCCAAAUCACACACAGGGGAGAAGUUACAUCAGUGCAUUGAAUGUGGGAAAAAUUUUGGUAGGAAAAGUCAUCUUGAGGUACAUGAGCGGACCCACACAGGGGAGAAGCCAUAUAAAUGCAUAGAAUGUGGAAAAAGCUUCAGUCAAAGUGGACAUUUGUUUUCCCAUCAAAGGAUCCACACAAGGGAGAAAUCACAUAAAUGCAUGGAAUGUGGAGAAAGCUUCAGUCGGAGUGAAAGUCUGCAUUCCCAUCAAAGGACCCACACAGGGGGGAAGCCACAUAAAUGCAUGGAAUGCGGAGAAAACUUCAGUCACAGUAGAAGUCUUCGUGUCCAUCAAAGGACCCACACAGGGGAGAAACCAUAUAAAUGCAUGGAAUGUGGAAAAAAUUUCCGUCAGAGUGCACAUCUGCAUUACCAUGAAAUGGCCCACAGAGGGGAGAAGCCAUAUAAAUGCAUGGAAUGUGGAGAAAGCUUCCGUCAGAGUAGCAGUCUGUAUGUCCAUCAAAGGACCCACACAGGGGAGAAUCCAUAUAAAUGCAUGGAAUGUGGAGAAAGCUUCAGUCAGAGUAGAAAUCUGCGUGUCCAUCAAAGGACCCACACAGGGGAGAAGCCAUAUAAAUGCCUGGAAUGUGGAGAAAACUUCAGUCGGAGUGACAAUAUGCGUUCCCAUCAAAGGACUCACACAGGGGAGAAGCCAUUUAAAUGCAUGGCAUGUGGAGAAAGCUUCAGUCAGAAUAGCAGUCUGCGUGUCCAUCAAAGGACCCACACAGGGGAGAAGCCAUAUAAAUGCAUGGAGUGUGGAGAAAGCUUCAGUCAUAGUAGCACUCUGCUUUCCCAUCAAAGGACCCACACAGGGGAGAAGCCCUAUAAAUGCAUGGAAUGUGGAAAGAGCUUCUGUCGGAGUAACAAUCUGCGUGUCCAUCAAAGGACCCACACAGGGGAGAAGCCAUAUAAAUACAUGGAAUGUGGAAAGAGUUUCAACUGGAGUGAUAAACUACAUUCCCAUGAAAGGAUCCAAACAGGAUCGAAUCAAUAUAUGGAUGGAAUGUGGAAAGAGCUUCUUUCAGAGUGGACACCUGCAUUCCCAUCAAAAGACUCAUAUAGUGGAGAAGCCAUAUGAAUGCAUUCAGUGAGGAAAGAGCUUCAGUCAGAGUGACGUACUGAGUUCCCAUGACAUCACCCACACCGGAGAGAAGUGACGUAAAUGCAUGGACUGUGGGGAAAAAAACUUCAGAAAAAGUUCAGCAUGCAUUAGACAUCAAAGAAAUCAUGAGUGGGUAGAGGAGAAGACCUGUCUUUGAGUUUCCUAGUUCUCUUUAAAGAACAUUGGAAGGAAAGAGAAAGGCCCCACUUUGCUCUCCCUGUAACAUGAACUGCAGUUUGUGUGACCUUGAUUGAUGGCUAGUGGGGACAGGUCUCACACAGUAAAGGCAGGUCUCAUUCAAUGUAGCAGCAAGCUUUGAAGAGUUCUCCACAUGGAAACCCAUCACAGGCUUCUAGGAUGAUCUCUGAAGGUUUGCUGAAAUAAGCAGCAGCUGAGAUCUCUGGACAAAAGUUUUCUGAAAAAGAAUAGUUCUUUGGCAGCAGAUAAUAUAUUCAUACUCUUUUCUUAGGCCUUGACUGUAUUGUUCCUCAAUUAAAAUUUGAGCUCAGGCCUUGUACCUGCAACCCUUUUCUGUUGUAUCUUGAAUUGUUGACUCUAAAGUGUGGACUGACCUCUUGGUUUCAGUUAUGGACUUGGACUUUAUUUGUAUCCCUGACUUUCUGGCUUGACUUUGGGAUUCGGAAUUCAGUCUGUACUCUUGAUUUCUUGGUUGUUCUUUUAUCAGUUCUGUUGAAUGAACUCCUGGCACGUGACUAUUGGACUUUAAUCUUGGCUAUUGUUUAUUCUUGCUCAGACCUGGAUCUGUAGUACUCGACUUAUCUGCAUUCAUUGAACUCCUGAGCUUUGAUUGUGUUCAUUGUUACUCCAACUGUGUUAAGUAAAUAUGGUCUUGCCUUAUUUUGUGUUUGUUUAAUAGACCUCAGACUUUAUACUGGGAAAGCCCAGGGACCAUCACUUUUGCUUUGUGGGUACUUAUCCCUCCAUAGGGUGAACCUGUAACACAUUAGCCUAUCUUACAGGGUUGGUGUACAUGCAGUAGACAGGUCUGGCUUAGAAAA